AUGAGCUCGGCAGUUUACUAUAAAUUCAAAUCGCAAAAGACCGAAUCUCGGAUACCAAUUGAUGGAACAGGCAUUUCUGUCUUUGAUUUAAAGCGGGAGAUUAUCCUUGCGAAUGGAUUCGAAAAGGUGCUCGACAUAGACCUCCAGGUGUUCGAACAAGGUACAGAAAAUGAAUAUCCGGACGAUUACAUAGUACCUCGAUCCUCCUCGGUAAUUGUUAAGCGCAUACCACUUAUUCGAGGUGCAAGAUCAAGAUUUGGACGUUAUUUGGCGAGUACAGGCCCUCGCUCUCAGCCAACACCCGCCGCGUCUGCCGCCCUUACUCAAAACAACCGUGUACCUGCCCCAGUGCAGCUUUGGUCAAGAGGCACAGGAGCAAUCAGUAAAAGGUUUGACGGAAAAGAUGAGAUGAAACCUCCUGCUACAACGCCAAAUUCAUCUGCAACCCCCAUGGCUGCUCCAGACAUCCAGGCCGACGAGCAAGAUGCAAUCAAUCAAAUGAUGAUGGCCAGCGAGGCUCAAUGGCAAGAAACGGAACAGAUGAUGGCACAGCAACAACGCGUAUUCUCAGGCCCACGGAGGGGUGGCGGUCCUGGAGGGGGAGGUCCUGGGAUGCGUAGGCCAUUCCAAGAACAGCGAGAACUCCCACCAGGAUACAUUUGCUACCGGUGUGGACUGGGAGGUCACUGGAUUCAGAAUUGUCCCACCAAUGAUGAUCCAAACUUUGACAAGAAGCGCAUCAGAAGGACGACCGGUAUUCCUCGUAGCAUGUUGGAAGCCGUUGAAAAGCCCAUUGAAGGGGGUGGUCCUCUUGCUUCGGGUGUCAUGGUCACACCGGACGGUGGAUAUGUGAUUGCUCGGCCAGACAUCGCCUCGUGGGAGAAGCAGCGGUCAAAGUCCAAGGUGUUAACCGAGGAAGAUAUACGAGAGCGAAUCCCGCGCGGACAUCCACUUCAAUGUCCCAUUUGCAUCAAGCUUGUGCAAAGGGCCGUCAAAACGCCAUGCUGUAAUACAACCUAUUGCGAAGAAUGCUUACAUUCUCACCUUUCCGACAACGACUUCACCUGCCCAAAUUGCCACUCAAAGAUUGCGUCCCUUGCUUCAGUCAAACCAGACGCCGAUGCUCGAAAGAAGGCGGAUGACUAUAUCGACAACGCUUUCGAGGAGCAUCGUCAACAAGAGGUCAAGUCCGCCAACAUAUUCAAGGACGACCUUGAGAAUGCCCAGGGUACUCAAAAUCCAUUCGACGGCAUUGCACCGGAUCCGAAUGUAUUGCAACAAGAAAUCACCGAGCUUCAAGCUCAACUUGCUCAGCUGCAACGAAUGAUGAGCGAGAGUAACAUUUCAGAGCAGAGCCGCAUCAAGCUGCAAAUGGAAUUCGUCAAACUCAGCCAAAUCAUCGCGACGAAGCAAGAGAUGCUCAAGGUGGCUCAACAGAUUAUAAGCGCCACUGUCGCUGCCGUCGCUGCGGAGACGGGAGUACGUACCGGGAAUGAGUGGCGUCAGAACAACUUUCAAAUGCAGCAGCCUGCUGGCGCGGACUCUGCUUAUCAGCGUCUUCCAGUGAACCCUCGACGACGAGCUAACAAACGACCUGCCGAUUGGGAGCUCGAUGGAAGGGAUGGGAAGCAACCUCGAUUCUGGGAAUAG